AUGCUUUCUUUCACAGGGACAGACAGUCUACAGAUCCAUGUCACUCCGACCUCAGAGUCCUUUCCUCUCGGGAAAUUGUUACCGAUUUCACCAACAUGGCCUUUCUUGGAAGUCAAGUCUUCCUCGGCAGCAGACAGAUUUAAGAAUGUUCUGGGACAGCCUUCUGACAACACAAGCUUGCCGCAGCUCUCCCAGACACCUCUGCCCAAGGCACACCGCAGGACCAGGGCUCGAGUGGACCUCUCUUCGUCCCUUUACCAAGGAAGUGGACACGGCACCUCCCUGGAUCUGGCCAAGGACUCCACUGAGACUGUGGUCCACACAAGGCCUGAAGGGGGAGAAGGAGCGGCCAUGUCAGGUUUGCCUCACACCAGCAUGCUGCCCCCAUUGCCUACAGCCCCCUCAGCCACCUUGAGGGCCACCUCCCCAUCACAGCCUCUGGUGGGGACUCUCUCCCCUUCCAAGCAUCCCUUGAGGUCAGACAACCUUCCACUUCUCACUCCACCGUCAUCAUCUUCAUGGGCCCCUGGUUCACCUCAUUCCAUCCCCCCUCCUAAGCCUAUAGAGCAUUCCACCAAAGUGCCUUUGUUUCCCCAAAUCACACCAGCUCAUUCUUCUUCAGGUCAGAGCCCGGUUACUGUCCUAAACCCAUUUUCUCACAAAACAAACCAUUUUCCAUCCAGAAAUGUCCGGACAUUCAUAGGGACCCCUCCUCUAGACUUUUCUAGAUCCUCAACAACGCAGUACUCUGAGCUAUCCCCAUCAGGGAGUCCCCGCUCAGCAGGUUCCCCCAUUCCUGGGGUUCUGAGCUCCAUGGCAGAGCUGGACCACCUGUCUCUCCCUUCCCUAGCCUCUGGAGGCCUUCCAGGUGGAAGCUCCUCAUGGUCCAUGUUGGAAGAGGCUUCGGGUUCUGCAUCCACCCAGCCAGUCCACACAGCGGGGGCUGUCCGAGGGCGCAGUGGGGUAUCGUUGCUGAUUAAUUUGAGCACAGCGGCAGCAAGCGAUGAGGCUUGGCCUCUACAUUUCCAGACGGCAGAGUCAGUGAUGAGCAGCAGAGAGCUAGCCCCUGUUCCUCCUGCAAAUAGCUCCACCAACUGGCCACAUUUGUCAGAAGUGCCGGAGAAUUCCAGGAAGCCCACCCUCCCCCCAGAAAACACCCCUUCCUCUUUACUGGCUCCUGUGCCUCUCACUACACCUAGUCAAGGGCAAAUGGUCCCUUCUGAGGCCGCUCCUGGAUCACCACUGAAGGGGACAGGUGCCCCUCCCUCCCUGCUUACUGUCCUCCAGCCCACUAGAGAUCAUGCCUCCCUAGCCCCUGUGCCGGAGGAAUCCACUCCCCAGGAAGAUGGCCAUGAUGAAUACCUUCCAGAUGCAGCCACACACCUCCUCUCAAGCAAAGGUCCUAAUCUUCCUCCUACAAUUUGGACAUUUCCUCAGCAAAAAGAGGACAGGGUGACAGCCAUUUUUGGGAAAAAUGAAAAGGCAAAUGGGACCGUUCCUCUGUGGGCCCUUUCAACUAAAGAGGCUUCAAGUCUUCACGCAGUGAAUGAAUUCACCUCUGAUUUUAACACAGGUCGUAUUUCACCUCUCAUCAAGACAGCACUAAGAACAGACCUCUAUCCUUCAGGGUCACCUCCAUCAUCCAUGCUUGGCACCCAAGCCCCUCAGGCAGGUUCUCCUGGCUCUUCCAGCACCAAGCUGGAGACUCUCACAGCUGUCCCAAGCCUGUCUGCAUUGGCAGCUUCCGCUUCCAAACAGGUGACAGCGCUUCCCUCCUCCACUGAUGGCUUUGAUUUCCCAACAACGGGAGGCAUGAGAAAGCCAGGGGCCACCGAUGUUUUCUGGAGCUCCCUUUCAGCCGAAACUGCAUCCCUCUCCACACAAUCGACACUAUCUGGCUCACUGUGGCCAACGGAUCAUGAUUUAAACACUCACGCAAGUAACUCCACGAGUCGGGAACCUCAUCCAGCCUCGGCGACUCUUCCUGGUGGUACAACUUCAGCUGCCAAUGCGAUAGAAUCUCAGCAUUUCGAAGAGACUGCUGGGCAGUUGGUAACUACAGACAGCUUUAACUUUCAGGAUCUAGUCUUCGGUCAAAGUGGCAAUCCGCCCCUCCAACCAUCAGAAGGGGCCAUAGUUGAAAGCCAUACAGACCUCUGGCUCACAAGCAAGCAUCCCAGAGACUCUGACACGGCGAUCAUUGAUAAUUACCCACCCACGAGUCAGCGUUCCGCGUCACAGCUGCCUCUCCGGCCAGCCCAUCCUCUGUGGCCAACCUGGCCAAGUUUAGCUUCUGCGGCUAGCUUGCAGCAAAUGCUUUCAGAUGGGGCAGACGCAGAUUCACAAGUUUCCAGUGACAUCUAUCUAUCACCCGGAAAAAAUGUCUCCCCGCAAUUCCAGAGUGUCCCGGAAUAUCAUUCAUCUUCGGACUCACCUUCUAUAUCAACUGGUGCCUUUUCCAGGACCCCCUCCAAAGUGCUGCGAACUUCUCGGCGCCCCAAGAAAUGGACAGGUGCAGCCACUAACGCAGGUAGUUUGUUUCCUGGUACCCAGAAAACAGUGGGAACCUCCGUGUCACCCAAGGGAGAGUCGACAGCGGCUGCCGCCGCCGCCGCCACCACCACCACCACCCUGUUCCUGAGGAAGUCAAGCCCAGCAGCGUUGCCAGCAGCCCUCACUGCUAAGGGCGCUGGCGGCGGCAGCAGUUUAGCCAAGAGCAGUCUGACCACAGCUCUAGCUAAAAAUGUCACCCACAAGGCAGCAUCCAGCCCAAAGGUGACAGCAGGGACAUUCCACACUGCCUUCCCAUUCACACCGACCUACAUGCUUGCCCGGACAGCACACAGCAUGAGCCCGCAUACGGCCACGCAAGGGGCCACGGGCUCUGCUUCAGGCCUGUUGUCCACAACACACCUCCCCAAGAAACCACAAGCCAUGCACACUGGACUCCCUAAUCCCACCAGGCCAGACACACCCAGAGCAUCCACGACCCGCCCACUGACGAUCACAGCCGCACUGACGUCCGUUACAGCAUCGGUAAAGGCCACGAGACUGCCCUCUUUGCAGACAGGAAACACGGAUGCUGCUUUUCCAGCUGUGUCUACAGCAGUGGUCACGACUGGCAGAGUGGCCUCCAACUUGGACUGUCAGAUGUCCCACAGGCUCCUAGUAAAGACAGUCCUCUUCCUAACCCAGAGGAGGAUGCAGAGCAGUGAGUCCUUGAAGCUUGGUGUAACCAAAGGGCUCACUCAGGCAUUGCGGAAGGCUUUCCACCAGAACGAUGUCUCUGCUCACGUGGACAUCCUGGAAUAUUCUCAUAAUGUCACAGUUGGCUAUUAUGCUACCAGAGGAAGGCUGGUGUAUUUGCCUGCUGUGGUGAUGGACAUGCUGGGUGUGUAUGGUGUCAGCAACGUCACUGCCGACCUGAAGCAGCACACUCCCAACUUACAGUCUGUGGCGGUCCUUGCCUCCCCAUGGAAGCCCCACCCUGCAGGUGCCUUCCAGCUGAAGACAGUGUUGCAGUUCGUAAGCCAGUCAGACAACAUUCAGUCCUGCAAGUUUGCCCAGACGAUGGAGCAGAGGCUGCAGAAGGCAUUCCAGGAUGCAGAGAGGAAGGUCCUUAACAGCAGGAGCAACCUGACGCUUCAGAUGGUGAGCACGUCCAAUGCCUCCCAAGCCGUCACGCUGGUGUAUGCUGUGGGCAAUCAGAGCUCGUUCCUCAACGGCACCGUGGCCAGCAGCCUCCUUAGCCAGCUCUCAGCUGAGCUGGUAGGAUUCUACCUCACUUACCCUCCACUCACCAUCGCUGAACCACUGGAAUAUCCCAACCUUGAUAUAUCAGAAACGACCAGAGACUACUGGGUCAUCACAGUGCUCCAGGGUGUGGACAACUCGCUGGUGGGCCUGCACAACCAGAGCUUUGCCCGGGUCAUGGAGCAGCGUCUAGCCCAGCUGUUCAUGAUGUCCCAGCAACAGAGCCGGCGGUUUAAACGGGCCACCACCUUGGGAAGCUAUACUGUGCAGAUGGUGAAGAUGCAGCGCGUUCCAGGACCAAAGGACCCAGCAGAGCUGACGUACUACACACUGUACAACGGGAAGCCGCUGCUGGGAACUGCGGCCGCCAAGAUCCUGAGCACCAUCGACUCCCAGAGGAUGGCCUUGACCCUGCAUCACGUGGUCCUUCUACAAGCUGACCCCGUGGUGAAGAAUCCACCCAACAACCUGUGGAUCAUCGCCGCAGUGCUGGCGCCCAUCGCCGUGGUGACCGUCAUCAUCAUCAUCAUCACUGCUGUGCUCUGUAGGAAGAACAAGAGUGACUUCAAGCCAGAAACCAUGAUAAACCUGCCUCAGAGAGCAAAGCCCGUUCAAGGCUUUGACUACGCCAAGCAGCAUCUGGGCCAGCAAGGGGCGGAUGAGGAGGUCAUCCCCGUGACACAGGAAACAGUGGUCCUCCCCAUACCUGUCAGAGAUACUCCUCAAGAACGAGAAACAGCUCAGGAUGGGAGCACCAUCAAGACGGCUAAGUCCACUGAAACCAGAAAGAGCAGGUCGCCCAGUGAGAAUGGCUCUGUCAUCAGCAACGAAUCAGGGAAGCCCAGCUCAGGGAGGCGCUCGCCCCAGAAUGCAAUGUCACAGCAGAAAGUGACAAAGGAGGAGUCCAGGAAGAGGAAUGCGACAGCAAGUGAUGAAGAGGAGGGAGCGGGUAUCUUCGACAGCGCAGGCAAGGCGGCAGCCGAUCCCUUUGACUCGUCUUCCGGAUCUGUACAGCUCAUUGCCAUCAAGCCCUCAGCUCUGCCCGCAGUGCCCCCUGCCUCAGACAGGGGCCAGGAGUCCUCAGUGGCACUCAAUGGCGAGGUGAACAAGGCUCUGAAGCAGAAAUCGGACAUCGAGCACUACCGGAACAAACUGCGUCUGAAAGCUAAGAGAAAAGGGUAUUACGACUUCCCCCCAGUGGAGACAAGCAAAGGUCUGACGGAAAGGAAGAUGUAUGAGAAGGCCCCAAAGGAGAUGGAGCCUGUUUUGGACCCAGACCCAGAAGUGUGUGCUCCCUUUGCAGAGUCUAAAAACAGGCAACAGAUGAAGAACUCUGUCUACCGAAGCCGGCAGUCUCUGAACAGCCCAAGCCCAGGAGAAACCGAGAUGGACCUUCUGGUUACACGGGAGCGACCCCGGCGUGGAAUCCGGAACAGUGGAUACGAUACUGAGCCUGAGAUCAUAGAGGAAACCAAUGUGGACAGAGUCCAUGAGCCCCGGGGCUACGGCAGGGCCCGACAGGUGAAGGGCCACUCAGAGACCUCCACGCUGAGCUCACAGCCUUCCAUCGACGAAGUCCGGCAACAGAUGCACAUGCUCCUGGAGGAGGCCUUCAGCCUGGCAUCCGCCGGCCACGCAGGCCAAAGCCGGCACCCAGAGGCCUACGGCUCUACUCAGCACCUGCCAUACUCAGAGGUGGUGACUAGCGCUCCAGGGACCAUGACCCGGCCCCGGGCUGGAGUGCAGUGGGUGCCCACCUAUCGCCCAGAAAUGUACCAAUACAGUCUGCCCCGACCGGCUUACAGGUUUUCCCAGCUUCCUGAAAUGGUCAUGGGCUCUCCCCCGCCACCUGUACCUCCCAGGACAGGCCCUGUGGCUGUGGCUUCCCUCAGGCGGUCCACAUCAGAUAUCGGCAGCAAGACCCGGAUGGCUGAGUCCACAGGACCUGAGCCUGCCCAGUUGCAUGACAGUGCCUCCUUUGCCCAGGUGUCCAGAGGUCCCGUGUCGGUGACGCAGUUGGAUCAAUCGGCUUUAAAUUACUCAGGUAACACAGUGCCAGCGGUGUUUGCCAUCCCAGCUGCCAACAGACCUGGCUUCACCGGCUACUUCAUCCCAACACCUCCCUCAUCCUACAGGAGCCAAGCCUGGAUGUCCUAUGCAGGAGAGAAUGAGCUCCCAAGCCAGUGGGCUGAUUCGGUCCCUCUUCCCGGGUACAUCGAGGCCUAUCCAAGGUCACGUUAUCAACAGAGCUCACCCUCCAGGCUUCCUCGCCAGUACAGCCAGCCCACCAACCUUCACCCAAGCCUAGAGCAGGCCCCUGUCCCCUCCACAGCUGCCUCACAGCAAAGCCUGACGGAAAAUGAGCCUCCAGACACUCCAUUGACCAACAUUUCUACCGCAGCCCUCGUGAAGGCUAUCCGAGAGGAAGUGGCCAAGCUGGCCAAGAAGCAGACAGACAUGUUUGAGUUCCAGGUCUAAUGCCUCAACCCUGAGGGAAUCUGCACGUGAAGACUGUGAGACAACAAAUAUGCUUUGGGCUCCUCAGCCCUAAUGUGUGGGGGCUCCAGACAAUG